AAACAACUUGUUUGUCAACUAUUCUCUGAACAAUGUCAAUUAAAAUCUCUUCGACUUGAUAUUAGCGAUGAAUAUGAAUUUAUAAAUACUGAUAUUCAUACAUGUUUAGCAUCAAACUCUUAUCUUUCUUCCAAUUUUAUUCGAUAUCAACCUCAAUCUUGUUGUAUGACUCUUCGUCGUUUAUUUAUUCGACUUAAGUAUACAUAUUUUCUUGAAAAUGUUAUUGAACACGUGCCCAAUCUCGAGCAAAUGUCAGUUUAG